CCGUUACCGCCACCGUCAUGACUGCUGCAGUGCCGUCGUCGUACUUUUGGUCAAUGCUAAUGUUCACGCUGUUCCACAACACCGAAGAAAUACUAUUCAGCGAAACGCCGAAUUUCGGAGACCGCAUGGACAACUUGACCGUCACUGUCGGCCGAGACGCUAUCCUCGAGUGUGUUGUCGAAUCAUUGUCCACUUUUAAGGUGGCGUGGCUUCGGGUGGACACGCAGACAAUAUUGUCCAUACAGAGUCACGUGGUAACCAAAAAUGACCGGAUAGUCAUAACACAAACGGACCGCAGGGUGUGGAGAUUGCACAUCAGAAACGUCAGGCCUUCGGACCGAGGGUUCUACAUGUGUCAGAUCAACACGGACCCGAUGAAAAACCAAAUCGCUUACCUGGACGUCGUGGUGCCACCAGACAUUUUGGACUAUCCCACGAGCUCGGAUAUGGUUGUGCACGAAGGCAGUAACGUGUCGUUGCAAUGCGCUGCCACCGGCUAUCCAAACCCAACAAUAACGUGGCGCAGAGAAGACAACAAGAACAUAAGUCUGUCCAAUAUGUUAACCGUUGCUGUUGUAGAAAGUUCAACGCUGACCUUUCAACGGGUAACAAGACAACAAAUGGGUUCCUACCUGUGCAUUGCCUCUAACGGUGUACCGCCAACAGUUAGCAAGAGAAUUACACUAAUCGUUCACUUCGCUCCAAUGGUGUGGAUACAAAACCAGCUGGUCGGUGCAUUCAUUGGCGAUAGACUAUCUUUGGAAUGUCUUGUAGAAGCAUUUCCAAAAUCCAUAAACUAUUGGUCGUCAGACAACGGCAACAUACUGUUGUCUCAAGGAGAUGACUACGAUACGUCGUUCAAGGGAGACGCAUAUAAAGUAGAAAUGAGAUUGACCAUCAAUCAAGUGAAACACACCGAUUUUGGUACAUACCAUUGUAUUUCGAAAAAUCCUUUGGGCGCCACAGAUGGGACCAUUAAAGUCUACAAACUACCGGGGAAAAACUGGAAGUGGAACGAUUAUCAAACAUUGGUGACCGCUUCUAAUAACGGGUUGCAUCACUCGGGCUCACUUGACGUCGAAAACAACAAUGCCGGCGUACAAACAUACCAAAAGAACCAAAUUGUUAAGUUUAUUGCGCUUUGUUUUUUUUUGAGUUUUCUAUAAACAUAUAUAUAUAUAUUGUUACAACGCCAACAUUGUCAAAUAUUAUGAUUAACUAUUUCUAAGGAACAGGGUACAAAUUUAAAGGAUAGUACCCAAUACUUAAACCUAUAUUAAUUUCAUUAAUUACAACAAUUAUUGAUAGAAUGCAAACAUUGAAAAAAAAAUGAAUUGUACAAUAAUAAUGUUGGUUUAUUAUUAAUACUAAAUUUAAUUUUUAUUAAAGUAUUAUCCCAAAUGUAGGUAUUAUGUUUUACCCCGUGUAAUGUGUACCUGCCUAUAUAAAACUAAUUUACAUGUUGUCCGUGCAAGAUAAAUUGUUGAAAAUAGAAAAUGUGUACAUAAGGAAUAAUCAAAUUAUGAUUAAGUACUGAUUUUUAUUUAUUACUAUUAUAUACAUACAUUUUAGUUAUAUUAAAACAUUAUAAAAAUGAAAUAAUUUAAAUUUAAAACUUAUAUAAUGUCUAGUGAGACAAUUUUGUGAAAUCACCCCAAACAUUUGCUAAAAUUACUUUGUAAUACAAUUUACAGCUUAAAAAUUAACAUGUUCCUACUCUUUUUAUAAUUAGAC